GAGCAGACCUAGAGCCGAUAAGUGGAGAUGACUCAGCAACAUUUCAAAACUCAAAUUUUCAUUCCCCGCCUCUCCUCCUCGUCUCUUCGUCGUCGCCGACGCAGUAGGGUUAGGGUUUCUCGCUUCCGAUGGAGCUCCCCUCUCUCCGAUUGACUGUGGAGAAGGGCCCAAAGAAGGGUGAGACGUUCGAAUGCAAGGCCGCCGCCGUCGCCCGUGUCGGCCGCAUCAUCAAGGGAAACAACCUCGCCGUCCGCGACCCCGGCGUCUCCCAGAAGCACCUCACCUUCCAGUUCCAACACGAAGCUUCCUCUUGGUCAGUCUCCGAUCUCGGCACCUCCAACGGCACCUUCGUCAACGGUUUCCAGAUCCCGCCCUCUUCUCCGUUUCCCGUCUCGGACGGCGAUACCAUCAAGAUCGGCGAGUUCACCGCCAUCUCUGUUAAGGUCCUCGCUUCGGAAGGGCCGCAAGUGGGUGAUUUCUGUGUAGAAGAAGAGGAGAGGAGUGAGGUAGGCCGGAAGAGAAGGAGAGGGGCCCGGAAGGUCGCGCCUUCCCUCCCGGUCGUAGAGGAGUUGGUAGCUGAUGUGACGAAUGGGAAUAAAGAUCGAAAGGGUAGAGGAAGGCCGAAGAAGGGUACUUCUGCUUCUGCAAGCGUGAACAAAGAUGAGGAUUUGCAACCCCUGGUCGUGGAGAAAAUCGUUGAAGUGGAGGUCCCUCUUGAAAAGCCUAGGACAAGGGGUAGAAGGCCUGCUACAAGAUAUACUGCUAAGGCUUCUAAGGAUGAGAAUGAAGUGGUCAAGUCUCAUGAUUCAGAUAAGCAUCCUGAUUCCAAAGAUGUUGAAGCUGUAGAAGCAGUUGAAGCAGAGAAGGUGGUGGUGGUGGAAGGUGAUAUUACUGAGAAAACAGCAAGUGCUGGAGAAAGAGAAGAAUUAGCAAAAGAGGAAGAAGAAGAAGUGGAUUUGGACAAAAUGACAUUAGGCCAAUGGUUUGCUCGAAUGGAGAAGGUGUUGCCUCUGAUGAUUAAUGAUAUGGCAGAGGAGGCUAUUGCAAAUUUGAGGGAGACAGCACGGCGCUUUGAUGAAUUCAUAGAAAUGAGUUCCACUUCUCAAUAAGUACAGAUAUGUUAAAUUUCAGUUGUUUUGCUUUAAAAUAUCUAAAAAUUAGUGAGCCUUUCCUCUAGUUUCUAAAUUCGCCGUUAUAUUAUCGCUAGAAAUCUAGGAAAUUAGUGAUUAUGAUGGCAUGGAAGUCUAGUCCAAGAGAAACCUUUUGUAGAACUAUUUUGCAUUUUCAAAUCUUUUGAAAUACAUGGGAGCCACUCUCCUUUCAUCUAAUAUUGCUUAUCAAUAUAUACACUUGAAUAGAUUUUUAUACAAAAUGUAUAGAUGUGAAAAAUGAAGUAGAGUUUUGUUUUUGCAAGUAUGUGAAUAUAUCUGUGAAAAUGUUAGGGUGAGUUUGAUAGCUCAGAGAUGUUCAAGAUUGCCUAUUGUUCAUUUAUUAUAUUUGAUAGCCUGCAGUAGAGUUGCCUACUGGCUUAUAGAGUUGUUAAGUGAUUGGAAAAGUAGAGAUGAUUCUAUGUGCAUUAUUUUACCAUCACGCUAUAUGGCUUACUAAUCACUGCAUUAGAGAUGAAUACUUCAGUCGCAUGUUCAGCACGCUCUAUAUUUUGCUUGAUCAAUAUGAUUUUCUUUGUGGUUGAUUCUUUUGAACUGGUUGGAUGGAAUUGUCUGCUUUACUAUUGUGUUUGACAUGCUGACAUGGAUGAUCAACUUAGUCUGAUGGUUCUGAUUGGUUUCAGAUUCAACAAUCUAACUGACCCAAGCAAACUGCUCAUUUUAUUUAAUUUAGAGAAAAAAGGGAUCUCGAAGAUCUUUUUCCCUUGUAUUUCUCUAAAAUUGUUUCAACUUAUAUAUAUAUAUAUAUAUAUAUAUAGAGAGAGAGAGAGAGAGAGAGAAUUUUGUUAUCCUGCGCGACGCCACAGUGCGCGACUGUACGCACCGCGUAAGAUAACAACUGUUUUUUUUUUUUUUAAAUUUAUGAAUUAAAAAAUAAAAAAUAAAAUUUUUUUUUAAGAGUUUAUUUAUAGGGUUCAGGCUUUGGUUAUA